CGCUCCGUUCAUCCUCCUCAUCACAGAGAAGAAACAAAUAGGUGGCGUUUCUCUGUUGAAGUACAGUUUACUCCUCCAACAGCGAGUGUACAAGUCACUUUGAGCGAUAAAUAAUAGACCGGAUACUUCUCUCACGAUAUUUGGAGAGGUGUAGAAAUAUGGGGAAACACAACAGCAAGCUUGCUCCUGAGGUGCUUGAUGACUUGUCCAAGAGUACAGAGUUCAACGAAGCUGAGCUGAAGCAGUGGUAUAAGGGGUUCCUGAAGGACUGUCCAUCUGGCAUCCUGAAUCUGGAAGAGUUCCAGCAACUCUAUGUCAAGUUCUUUCCUUAUGGCGAUGCUUCGAAAUUCGCCCAGCAUGCCUUUCGUACAUUUGACAAAAACGGUGAUGGUACCAUUGACUUCAGGGAGUUCAUCUGUGCACUGUCCAUCACUUCCAGGGGAAGUUUUGAGCAGAAACUCAACUGGGCCUUCAACAUGUACGACCUGGACGGAGAUGGCAAGAUCACACGCAUGGAAAUGCUGGAGAUCAUUGAGGCAAUCUACAAGAUGGUUGGGACGGUGAUCAUGAUGCGUAUGAACGAGGACGGGCUGACCCCACAGCAGCGUGUGGACAAAAUCUUCAGCAAGAUGGACAAGGACCACAACGACGAGAUCACACUGGAGGAGUUCAAAGAGGCGGCCAAGAGCGACCCCUCCAUUGUUCUUUUACUGCAGUGUGACAUGCAGAAGUAAGGAAGGAGAGCAGGAAGAUGAAUGAAGUGGGCUGGGGGGUGUAGGGAGGGGAGGAGAACCAUGUACAGACUUCUAGAGAGAUGUAGGUAAUAGAUAAUGAGAGAAAAUGUACAUUCAGUUGAACAUAAGUUAGACUGCAUGAUAAUCUUGGGAAUGUUAAGGGAAUGAUUAUGGCCAUUUGGAAUGAUUAGUCAAAGUAAUGCAAGAGAGAGUCUUUUCCACCCUGUAUCACUUAUUACACAUUCUGUCUGCUUUCCAGCCUCUAGAGAGAGUCAGAAAGUUCAAAAGAUUGAAUCCUUAAUACAAGACAUUUCUUUCCUAAAAAAAAGUCACUUCUAAGCCAACUAACUCUCUUUUAGGAUUAGAGGCAUAUUUGAACAAUUUAAUGUAAUAAUUACAAAAAGCAAAGAAAUUUUGCAUUUUUAGGCCUGAAACUGUACACACGACACACGAUAUAUCAGAUUGAUGAUCAAUAUAUCAUUAAUAUGGUGUAGAAAAAAAUGUUCACUCAGAAAUUGCCAGUACAUUUCACAUAAUGACAAAUAAAUGGCAAACAAGCCAUAAAUUAAAUGUAAAAUUUAGAAGAAGAAAGACUGAAAUAGUAUUCACAUAAAACAUUCUAAAAUAUUAAAAUAUUUGUUUUGCUAUGAAAAAUCAUAUUAUUUAGUGUUACUGAUUUUUUUAUUUAUUGGUGGAUAUUAAAACUUAGGGAGCCCGCGCAUGUCAUGCAAGAAAAAAAAUUGUAGGGUAAAUCAUGUGCACAAUUUACUAUUCCGUUCCCUCGAUUUAUAAAUUGUGUGCACGAUUUAGUAAUUUGUUCCCUCAUUGUACUAAAACGUGCAGACGAUUGCUAUUUUGUUCCCUCGAUUUGCUAAUUCGUU